CGGUGAAAUGAAAUUUGUUGAGGUUGGUGGAUCAUAACAACAGCCACGGGAAAACUGUGUUUCGGUUCCGGAGUCAAGAAAGAAAAAGAUAAUUUAUAUAUAUAAAUACAUUACAGCUGUAAUGGCUGAAGAAGCAAUAUUCGAGUACCUUCACUCCGAAAUAGUAAACUAUAUUCUGUUCAAAGAGGGCAAUAAGGAAAAUGACUUAUCAGCGUUAGAGUAUAUCGGUUAUUCGACCGGCUACCGGAUUAUCGAACGGCUGACUCGUGAAUGGCCCCGUUUUAAGGACGAACUGGACACGAUGAAGUUCAUCUGCACGGACUUUUGGAGUUCAAUCUACCGGAAGCAGAUCGACAAUCUGCGGACCAACCACCAGGGCGUAUACGUCCUACAGGAUAAUGCGUUUCGCUUUUUGACCCGACUGUCAGCGAGCUCGCAGUAUCUGGAGCACGCCCCAAAGUUUGUGGCGUUUACAUGCGGUCUAGUUAGAGGUAGCUUAGCCAAUCUCGGUAUUACGAGUACGGUCACAGCUGAGGUCCAAACUAUGCCCUCUUGCAAGUUUCAUAUACAGGUCAAUAGAGGAUAGUUUGUUUUUGAUUACCCUAUAAUAAAACCAUCAUUAAAAUGUCA